AUGGAACAGUUUGUCAAAGGAUUGCCAUAUCCGUACGAGGAAGCUUGCAAAGAAAUCGUUCGACGUCGAAAUUCUUACGAGUCAGCCGACAAGCUUGUUCGUCAUGCAAUUCAUGCAGCAUUGCAACUUCUUCGAACUUAUCACUUUGACCAACAGAAUGGGAUUCUUGUAAAUUGCAAGAUGAAAGAAGGAAAUAUAUUUCCUUCUGAACCCAUAAGUCUGACAUUUUGGGAUCAGAAUCUGAAGGUUGUAGAAUCUUGGAAUCUCAGAAUCUCAGAAUCUCAGAAUCUCAGAAUCUCAGGAUCUCAGAAUCUUAGAAUCUUAGAAUCUCAAAAUCUCAAAACCUCAGAAUCUCAGGAUCUCAGAAACUCAGAAACUCAGAAUCUCAGAAACUCAGAAUCUCGAAAUCUCAGAAUCUCAGAAUCUCAGAAUCUCAGAACUUUAGAAACUCAGAAUCUCAAAAUCUCAGAAUCUCAGAAUCUCAGAACCUUAGAAUCUCAGAAUCUCAGAAUCUCCGAAUCUCAGAAACUUUCGAAAUUUCAAAUUUUUAAAAAAAUUGAAUUGAAAAAAAUGAACCAGAAGCAUGUUUUUCCAUUUGCUCCGUUUUUUUGGUUUUUGAGACAUGCGCCUUUGAAGAUUGAAGCCGCUACAAUACAAGAGGAAAAGAGGGGAGAGGAAAUUGGAAAUUCAGAAAAUGGAAAUUCAGAAAUUCAGAAAGUCGGAAGUUCAGAAAAUGAAUCUCAGAAAUCAGAAUCUCAGAAUCUCAGAAUCUCAGAAUCUCAGAAUCUCAGAAUCUCAGAAUCUCAGAAUCUCAGAAUCUCAGAAUCUCAGAAUCUCAGAAUCUCAGAAUCUCAGAAUCUCAGAAUCUCAGAAUCUCAGAAUCUCAGAAUCUCAGAAUCUCGAAUCUCAGAAUCUCAGAAUCUCAGAAUCUCAGAAUCUCAGAAUCUCAGAAUCUCAGAAUCUCAGAAUCUCAGAAUCUCAGAAUCUAAAAAUCUAAAAACCUACAAAUCUGAGAAUCUCAGAAUCGCAGAAUCUCAAAAUUUCAGAACUUCAGAGUUUCAGAAUUUCAGAAUCUCCGAAUCUCAGCAUCUCAGAAUCUCAGAAUCUCAGAAUCUCAGAAUCUCAGAAUCUCAGAAUCUCAGAAUCUCAGAAUCUAAAAAUCUAAAAACCUACAAAUCUGAGAAUCUCAGAAUCGAAGAAUCUCAAAAUUUCAGAACUUCAGAGUUUCAGAAUUUCAGAAUCUCAGAAUCUAAAAAUCUAAAAACCUAUAAAUCUGAGAAUCUCAGAAUCGCAGAAUCUCAAAAUUUCAGAACUUCAGAGUUUCAGAAUUUCAGAAUCUCAGAAGCUCAGAAUCUCAGAAUCUCAGAAUCUCAGAAUCUCAGAAUCUCAGAAUCUCAGAAUCUCAGAAUCUCAGAAUCUCAGAAUCUCAGAAUCUCAGAAUCUCAGAAUCUCAGAAUCUCAGAAUUCCAGAAUCCCAAUAUCCCAAAAUCUACGAACUUCCGAAUCUCCAAAUCUUAG